AUGGUGAAAAAGAAGCCAUAUCUGAUUAGCGUUCAGCUACAGCUAUAGCAGUACUAGAAGUCGAAAUAAUCACAAUACAAUCUUUAAGAAAUGUCAGUCUCUUCCAUAUUCGGUUCUCCGAUUCUCCUAUUGCCCAGAUCAUCAUCCAAACCGGUCAAUCCCCUGGUUCAGUCACCUCCUAAGAAUAUUGGGUAUGGUGGUGGGUUAGCGAUAGAAUGUUCGUCAAGGCCAACUAAGAAGGCAACAGCCCAUCACAGGAAGACGAGGCCUAGAAAGAGUCAGCCAUGGGAUAUCAAACGUGGACCCACUGUUUAUCCUCCUCUACCUCCUCUUCCUGCUGAGUGGACUUUAAUUUCUUCUUCUGCUUCCGAUGACGGAACUGGUGAUGUUACUCAGGCUUCUUCUACUUCUGCUGCCGUAUUAGAGGCGCCGGUUUCAAGUGAGUAGUUGGUAAUUCGUUGUUUUAUCUAGUUUUUCCAUUGUAUUUCAGUUUUUUGAGUUGGGAUUUUUCCCUUAAUGUACUGGCUGUUCAUUGAAGGGGAAAAAAAACUCUUCUUAUUUUCUGUUGACAUAACUUUGGUGUAUGGCCCAUGUUUCAUUUGCUUGCGAUUGAUCCAGCCUCAUGCCAGUGCUAAAUUACUUGUUGUUUCAGUUAGUUGAUGUAAUUUUAUCUUAUGAUCGACUGCAUUAUGUUGUUGUA